GAUCUCAGCUCAGCUUGGGGGGCAGAUUCACCUGAAGAGGCAGAGGCAGCCGGAUGGUUUAGAGUUGCCCUGCCCCAGAAGUGGCUGCAUCUUCGGUUCGGGGAUCCCUACACUGAAGGAGGUGGAUGGCUCAAGGCCAGGAGCCAGUUCUCUGGCACCAGUUCCUGCCAUUGUUCUCUGCCUGGCAGUGUCAGGAUCGAUGCUUCCUGCCAUGCAUCCCCCUGUUGGGCUUCGUCUUCCUGCUGCCCCUGUCCAUCCCGUGGGCGCGGAUCUCGGUGGGCUGGCUGGCCGUGGUGCACUACCUGGCCUGCGUGGUGCCCCAGCUGGGCAGCGUGCUCUACCACCUCUUCAUGAACCACGAGGGGGGGCCAGCCGUCUACCACACCCUGCUGACCCUUGACAUGUGCGGGGUCUGCAUGGUCAACACGCUGGGUGCCCUUCCCAUCAUCUACUGCACCCUCGCCUGCUCCCCGCUUCCCCGCAGCGCUGCCCUGCUGGCCUACACGGCGCUGUCCAGCUACGCCAUCAUCUGCGCGGUGACGGCCCACUCCAAUGUGCGGCGCCUGCGCUCCUUCGCCUGGCAGGCCCUCUUCCGCUUCUUCUUCUUCUACCUGCGCUGGGCGGGCCUGGGCACGGGCCACCCCUCCUCACUGCGCUCAUACCUCAUCAUGGACGGCCUGGCCCUGCUGGGGGGUGUCAUCAACAUCUCCCGCGUGCCUGAGCGCUGGCAACCCGGCCGCUUUGACUACUGGUUCAACAGCCACCAGAUCAUGCACGUGCUGGUGGUGGUCAGCAUCCUCUACCUCCACUGGGGGGUGGUGGCCGACUUGCUGUGGGUCACCAGUUAUGCCUGCCCCCAGGACUGACCAGGCCCGCCAGGCAGCGGGGAAUGGUGUGGUUUUGUGGCUGCAUCCCUCCAGGUCACCACACAAUGGAUUCCCAUUGGCCAAGGGAUCUUCUGGAUCCACUCCUGUUUGCUGAGGUGUCUUCUGGAUCCACUCUCGUUUGCUAUGGGGUCUUAUGGGUGCCCAGUGAUGGAUUCUCAUUGGCCAAGAUGUCCUCUUGAUCCACUCCUGUUUACCAACAAUGGAUUCCCAUUGGCAAAGGCAUCCUCUAGAGUCACUCCUGUUGGCCAACAAUGGAUUCCCAUUGGCCAAGGCAUCCUCUAAAUCCACUCCUGUUGGCCAACAAUGCAUUUCCAUUGGCCAAGGGGUCUUCUGGAUGGCCAAUGAUGGAUUUCUGGUGGUUUUGGGGACUUCUGGAUCAACGCCCAUUGGCUAAGGGGUUUUUUGGAUCACCAGAACAGGGCUCCCACUGGUUGAGAGUCACUGUGGAUCACCAGGGUUGGAUUUCCAUGGUCAAGAGCUCUUCUCUGUUGCCAACAAUGCACUUCCAUUGACUAGACUCCCUUUGGCUGAUGAGGGUGCUUCCGGGUCACUAGCCACAGACUCCCAUUAACAAAGCUCGAGCCAGAUGCCCACUGUUGGUGGGUCAUUCUGGACCACCAGAGAUGGAUUUCUAGUGUUUGCGGUCCUUUGGAUCCUUCUGGAUCACCAGCAGUGCUCACCCAUAGGGACUGGGGUAGGGUGGGGGGCUGCGAGGAGGCACUAUUUUGAGGAGCUGGGGGGUGGAGCAGCCCCUGUCCUCCUUUAGACCUUUUAUCCAGGUAUUUUACAGACUUUGAGACACCAUGCAAUACUUUCUACUUUUUAAAGGGCUGACGAGGUGCCUGGAUGCUGAGGUCUGCACUGACUAGGGGCUGGGGGGGAGGCAACCCCAAAGAAGUUGUCUGUGUUGGGGUGGGGGGAGGAUAAGAGGGAGGUAUCGGUGUCUUA